UCCGCCGGGUCUGAUCCCUCCGGAGGGCAAGGGCAUGUCCACUGGGGAUUUUCUCUCACGGUGGAAGCCGCUCAGUGAGAUGGACCAGUCGUCUCCAACCUACAUGCUUGCCAACUUAACCCACUUGCAUUCUGAACAGCUCCUGCAAGGCUUGAACCUCCUUCGCCAGCAUCACGAGCUCUGUGAUAUUAUCCUUAGAGUUGGGGAUGUCAAGAUCCACGCCCACAAAGUGGUGCUUGCCAGCAUCAGUCCGUACUUCAAAGCCAUGUUCACCGGGAACCUUUCUGAGAAGGAAAACUCAGAGGUGGAGUUCCAGUGCAUUGACGAGGCAGCCCUGCAGACCAUCGUGGAGUAUGCCUACACAGGAACUGUGUUUAUCUCACAAGACACUGUAGAGUCGCUUCUUCCAGCUGCGAAUCUUCUCCAGGUCAAACUGGUAGUGAAGGAGUGUUGUGCGUUUCUUGAAAGCCAGCUUGAUCCUGGCAAUUGCAUCGGGAUUUCUCGUUUUGCAGAGACCUAUGGCUGCCAUGACCUCUACUUGGCUGCUAACAAGUACAUUUGUCAAAACUUUGAAGAUGUUUGUCAGACGGAAGAAUUUUUUGAGCUUACGCAUUCUGAAUUGGAUGAAAUUGUUUCCAACGACUGCUUGAAUGUUGUGACAGAAGAAACCGUUUUUUAUGCACUAGAGUCCUGGAUCAAAUAUGAUGUGCAGGAGCGACAGAAGUACUUAGCACAGCUGCUACAUUGCGUUCGGUUGCCGCUGCUGAGCGUUAAGUUUCUUACGAGGUUAUACGAAGCAAACCAUCUCAUUCGUGAUGACCAUACUUGCAAACAUCUGCUAAAUGAGGCCCUAAAAUACCACUUUAUGCCUGAACACAGACUUUCCCACCAGACCAUGUUGAUGACACGACCUCGCUGUGCUCCUAAAGUUCUUUGUGCUGUAGGAGGAAAAGCUGGACUGUUUGCGUGUUUGGAAAGUGUUGAAAUGUAUUUUCCUCAGAAUGACUCCUGGAUAGGCCUGGCACCUCUUAGCAUUCCCCGCUAUGAAUUUGGAAUAUGUGUCCUAGACCAGAAAAUAUAUGUUGUAGGAGGGAUUGCAACCCACGUGUGUCAAGGCAUCAGUUACCGAAAGCAUGAGAAUUCAGUGGAGUGCUGGGACCCCGAUACGAACACUUGGACAUCUCUUGAAAGGAUGUUUGAGAGCCGGAGUACUCUGGGAGUGGUAGUUCUGGCAGGAGAGCUCUACGCCUUAGGUGGCUAUGACGGGCAGUCUUAUUUACGAACUGUGGAGAAAUACAUUCCUAAAGUGAAGGAAUGGCAGCUAGUGGCCCCAAUGAACAAAACAAGAAGUUGUUUUGCUGCAGCUGUCUUGGACGGAAUGAUAUAUGCCAUUGGUGGCUAUGGUCCUGCCCAUAUGAACAGCAUGGAGCGUUACGACCCAAGUAAAAACUCGUGGGAGACAGUCGCUUCAAUGGCUGAUAAGCGAAUAAACUUUGGUGUCGGUGUCAUGCUGGGCUUCAUUUUUGUAGUAGGUGGACACAAUGGUGUGUCUCACUUAUCGAGCAUUGAGAGAUACGAUCCUCAUCAAAAUCAGUGGACCGUGUGUCGACCCAUGAAGGAACCCAGAACAGGAGUUGGUGCAGCUGUAAUUGAUAACUACCUUUAUGUAGUUGGAGGUCAUUCAGGGUCAUCCUAUCUGAACACUGUACAGAAAUACGAUCCCAUCUCGGAUACCUGGCUGGACUCUGCUGGGAUGAUGUACUGUCGAUGCAAUUUUGGUUUGACUGCACUUUGAUGAGAAGCAGGACUUUACGGACCUGAUGCAAAGAUGGAGCUUAAUCUGCUUGAAAAUAAACCCUGCUGGUGGAGACCAUACGCUGCGUUUUCUGAAGAUGGGGGAAUGUGGUGAAGUUGGGAUUGAAAUGAGGAAGGAUUUGUUUUCUUCAGGUUAUUGGCCUUUGUUACUUCAGAAGGAAUGGAAAGCUUAUUACCAGGUGGGUUUAGAUAGCGUCCUGUUGAUGGCAGUGAAUUCUAGAGAGUACUGUACAUGCCUGGGAUAUGAUUAGAAAACUUACUGUAUAUCUAACCCUUUGACUUUCUAGAGCUUUUCUCUCUUCCUCCUGCCUACUAUGAAAUAUGAAGUUUACUGUGCUUGGGGUGAGAGAUGUGUGAAUGUGUUGUAUGACUGGACAGUUUGCUGAUAGUUGUCUGGUUGUGUCUUCAUAUUAAGAAAGCGCCAGUGCUUCGUAAUUUUUUUUUAUGAACAGUAACUAAAGGGCUGCCUUGUUUCUGUAUCUCAAGGUUUGUAAAUAAUAAAUGCCAUAGUAUGUUGCCUGCACACUCUCCUUUGUUACCCGCUUACCGGUAGGAGGGCUGGGAUGGUAAUUAGUAACUACUUCAAGAAAUUUACAAGGCAAAUUUGUUGCCUCUUAAUGUAGUUUUUGGAUCUGCUGAAGAGAAAUCACAUUUUUAACUUUCCCUUAUUGUUGUUUGGGGUUUUUUUUGUGGAUAAAUGAGUGCUAGAUUAAAUGACUUAAUCUUGCUAGUCUGCUGUGUGUUUUCAAUUAUAAUACAAGGAAAAAUUACAACAGUCAUGCAUCGGAAGAUGCCACAGCAUCAUUCAUAGCGUGAUACAAAAUAAAUACUCAAAAAUGAGUCCAUCCCAUCCUUCUCCCAAGCGCACUUGUGUCCAUAUUCCGUAUAACUUCCUUUUUUAAAAGAAUGUAUGAUUGCUUUCUCAGAGUGUUCAGUUACAAACAUGGUGCUAAAUGUAGGACUUAACGAUAAGGCUGUUACUGAUUUUAGUGCAGUAUGCAUAAAGCAUGAUUGUUUUGAUUGUUCUGGUGUUUUUGUUUCUUAUUUGCUUGAUACAUGCGUGCCUAUGAAGACUGUCAAGAGUAACACAGUGUACUGAAUGAGCUCUACGUUUGUUACGUUUUGGGUUUUUUUUUCCAGAAGAUACACAUUUUUUGUUCCUAUUCUCACAAAUACACAAGUAGGGAGUGACUAGCGAGAUCCCAUCUCGGGUUCUUUAGACAGUCUUGCCUUUAACAAUGAAUGAAGGGCGCGGGGCAUAGUUGCUCAUCCCCAGUGCGUGUCCUGUGUAACGGAGUACUGAAGGUCGGUUCCUGUGAUUAACCAGAACCUCAAGAAAGAAAACUUUGUGAUAGUCCUAAACUUAGUGAAAAUUUGGGCAGAUAAAUAGAAAGCGAUGCUGUGGGCUAUAAACAUUAUUUAAAAUAGAUGACUGAAUAAAUAUGAAUUUUAGCUAAUUUAGAAUGUUUUGGUUUGUCUUCUGAUUGUAACUAGGAAUCAUGGUUAUCUUGAAUUUCUGGUUUGAUGUCUGUAUGUGUAUUGCCAGGCCUGGUACUGAAGAAUUUUUCUGCCUCCAGAGUUAUUUUCCCCUUGUUUUAACAUGUUAAAUUAAUGUUUGUUUCCCCUUGUUUUUCAAGCCCAUCUAGUAUUAUUUUUGAAGGUGCAAUAAUACUUGAAAGAGUUGCUUUAAAAGCCAUUUCUUUAUAAGUAUGCUAAGUGGAGGGUUCUGAGCGUACUUGAUUUAUUCUGAGUUCCUGCAAAGCUAAUGGCAGCCAGGCAGGCAGCGGGGUUCCUUGUUCUUCCAUACGCUGACGUUCAGAUUUUAAACAGUCAAGAAGGCGAGGGCGUUUUCACCAUAAAACAUUAUUCGUAGAUAACGUGUGUUUGCACAGAUUACAAAAUCCUGCAUGUAUUCUUCAAAUUUGGUAGAAUUAAGCAGGACUUUAAAAGCAAAUAAACUGCAUUGAAAACACUGAAAUUGUUAAUUAUAUUUGACCCACUAAGGAUUCUAGUUAUAUAGCAAUAAUAGCCUAAUUUAAUUGUUCCAGUGAAUCUGUUGAUAGGACACAAGUAGCUACAUGGUUUUAUGUUGCGUGUUUGUGUGUGGGGAGGAGAAGGAAGGGGAGCAGGUUUGGGGAUUAAGGGAGAUGUUUCAGCCUGUUGCGUCGAUUGCCUUCUCAUUCUGUUCAGGUAAAUGCACACAAUGAAUGUUUCCAUGUGCUGUUUUACUUUUCAGUCUGUUUCACAGAGAUGCCAUCAAUGAUCAUAUUUUCCAACAUACACUGGAGAUAAAGAUGCUUAACGAACUAAUAUUAAAAUAAGAAAAAUUUCUUACCUAAAAGAGAAGUUUAUGCCUUUUAUUGAUAGGAGGCUUUCCACGCAGUUCGGUAUACACCGUACCUUUUAGAGUUUAACUACAGUAGGAUUCCAUGAAUGAAGACGCUCAUAUACAUGUUCUGAUUGGAAGUAUUAGUAAACACUGUUUUCAGUUAGGAGAAAGUGGUGCAAGGUAUAGGAAUCGUUUUGACUUCAUCAGAACAAAAAAAUCUGUCGGUCAGGGUGGUGGUGAUGGUUAUUCAAUGUUUGAAUAAACACCUUUCAUUUAUGGAAGUCAAAGCACUUAAAAUUGCGAAGUGUUUUAUUCUCUUUACCUAGGCAGUGGCAAUGUUCAAUGAGGUCACAGAGAUUGACCCCGUACUGUGUCAUGUGGUGGUACUGCUAAAUUUGAGGUAGCAGCAUAAACAAUUUUGUAGUACGCAGGCUUGGUAUGAAGAAUGGGACGAAUGCCUAACGAAAUAGACUGCUGUUACUAAAUGAACUGUUUAGCUGGAAGUGGAUCGAACGGUGCGUCAACCGAGGGAUCGUGUCACUUAAAAUCACGCCAUCUUCAUUUUCUGUUCCGGGUGCUUGUUGUCCUGUUCACUGAAGUGCUUAGUUAUAGGAAGAUCAGACACAACAAUCGGUUUAAAUCUGCAUUUAAAGAACAAUACUCUCAUUGUAACGUCUGUCUUGCAGUUU